AUGCCGCCUGUAACAGAAGAACAUGUUUAUACUGAUCAUGUUCAUCCAUGGGAAGAAAUUGUUUACUAUGUUUCCAAAUAUGGUACCAUCGAAAACUACCUGAUGAAAGAAAAACUAGUGUUUCCUGAACAACCACCUGCCAUUUUGAUUCUUCCGAAUGAUUUUCCUUAUUCUGUUGACCCAGGCAUUGAACACAUUUUGAUUUGGUCAAAAGAACCACUUGAAGCAGACUUUGUCGAGUCUCUUUUGGAGAAGCACUAUGGCAGUCAUGUUUGGGAAUGGGUUUAUUUCGUUAACCCGCCUGCUCUACAAAGUGUUCGAAAACUGCCUCAUGUACAUGUCUUUAUGCGUAAAAAAACCGAAAUAAAAUAG